UAUUGAAUGGCUUAAAUAAUUCAUUGACCAAUGAACAAAUUGAGGACAGGCUCGAUGCAUUAGAUAAAGAGAAUGAAGGUUACGAGGAACGGCUGAAAGUAUUGAGAACAGGUUCUAAACAAAUCUCGGUUGAAGACAAGAAACGUAUCGAUGAGCUAUAUGAGAAGAAUCGGAAGCUCUGGAGGCAGAGAAAGAGAAAGUUCAACGAAGUUUUCAAUCAAAUUGCGGAGGCUCUGGAAAGAAAGACCAAAGAUUUUAUGGAGGAAUUGGGUGUCGAAACGGACCCGAUUGACAUUAACGAAGACCCCUUAAAAAAUCUGUGA